GGUCACACUGCAAUGCACCAAAAUUUCGCGGAUGUAAUGAGACGCAGAGCUCCCUGUUGUGUUCCCUGGAAAUAAACAAACGAAGUGGUUCGAGGUUCGAGUGGUUGCCCUGCACGUGGAUCCAGUGGAGGAGCCAGAGGAAGUCAACGUAAGCCCGCAGUUUCUAUAUCGGGGGAUCACCGCCUCGUCAGAUAUUGAACAAACAACUAAGAAGCAAAUAUAAGCCAUGUCGACAACGCAAAAUUCCGCUGAGCAGGCGGAUUUGACGCUCUUGGUGGGCAGCAACAAUAACAAUGGUGGCCGCAGCAGAAGUGGCGGUACUCCCAGGAAAUGCGCCACCGCCGGAGCCCCCAGCUCCAUCAGAAUGUGCCCCGCCAGCAAUACGAACAACAACAAUCAGAGCAACAAGCAGCUAAACUCGAUCUGCCAGCGGGCGCAGGCGGGCCACAAGCUGAUGAUCAUCAUGCGCGGACCUCCAGGCUGUGGAAAGACCACUCUGGCCGAAUCCCUGCUGCGCCAGGCCCACCUGCUCGGCAGGCACCAGGUGCGCGACUUUGUCCUCAGCUCCGACGACUACUUCUGGACGCGCCACGGCUACGACUUCAAUCCCACCCUGCUGCCAGCCGCCCACGAGUGGAACCAGCGGCGAGUGCGCGAGAAGGCCGCCUGCGGCUGGAGCCCCAUCAUUGUGGACAACACCAACACGAUGGUGUGGGAGAUGCAGCCCUACGUCCAGUCCGCCGUGAGGCAUGGCUACGUCCUGGAGCUGCUCGAGCCGCAGACCAGUUGGAGCAAGUCGGCCAGCAAGCUGGCGCAGAAGAAUGUCCACAACGUCCCGCGGGAGAGCAUCCAGCGCAUGCUGGAGCGCUACGAACGCACCACUGUGGGGGAGCUCAUAAAGUUGAUGAAGGAGACAAAGUACACGGUGGACCUGCCUCAACUACGCCAGCGUCCGCCUCUACCUUCCGUCCCGGUCAUUGCCACUUUUGAGGAGAACAAGCCAGCGGAAGCCCCAGUUCCAGCCCCACAACAACAAAACUUCAAGCUAAAUGCCAAUGCCCAAACGUGGGUGCCCUACGAACAGGGAGCGCCGUCGUACUGGUCCCAGCCAGCGGAUUCUGCAGAUCUAGGAGAUUCUGCGGUUCCGGCAGAAUUGGAAACUCCUGCUGCUGAAGUUUUGCCAAAGUGCGAAAAAUCCCUGAUUGAGCUUCUUCGCGACGAGAGCAAAACAGAGGAGGCAACUGCGAAAGCAGAGUCCAGUGAGACGAAAGCGUUUCAGAGGCAUUGCCUAGACUGCCGAAAUGAACCGGGAGGGUUUGCACUUUUGCGCCAAAUGUAUCCCAACAAGCAGCUGACGGGCCUCUGGGAUCUGUUUGUCAAGUGCCAGGCCGACGUGGACUGGGCUGUCGAUAUUCUGCUAAAGGAGGACGAGCUAAACGCUGCCACGGGAUCGGAUCAGUUCGGAUUGGAAGAAACCGUGAAUAAUGAGGAGGCGGCCCAGUUUCAAUGCGACUGCGACAAGUCGUUGGUGGGCCAAGAAUCUCCAGUUGCCACUCCGCUCUCCGCGUCACCAACUCCGCCAGCAUCUAAGACUGCACCUAAGCCGCAGCGUCAGCCGCGCAACAAACGAAUUUCGGCCCCCACCAACAAGGAAUUACAGCUUCAAAUACAGAACUGCUUUGUUUUAGGCGACGAACAAUACUCGGAGCAUACGCGUAAAAUCCGCGAUAUUCGUAAUGGAAUCCUGGAUCAACCCAUGGUGUCGAAGGUGCCAGGAGCACCCGAGGAGGCGGGCCAGGAAGAGCCGGAGGAGGAGGAGGACCCUGAGGACAACACCCUGCUGGAAAUGGAUUUGGGAGGCACUCUGAUCGAGCAGCUACGCGCCCAGUUCCACACCGACGACGAGCUGUUGCCGCCGGAGCAGGAGCUGCCCGCCAUCACGAAAAUAUUUGUGCCGCGUCAGCUGGCCAAGCAGCUCUACAUGCUGUGGAUGGAGGCGGUGUACAACCAACUGGAGGAGCAGCGCCAGCAGACACUGCGCGACGACGAGCAGUUCGCUCGCCUGCUGAAGCACCCGGGAUACGCCGAUUGCCGCGAGUCGCCGAGCAAUGUGGGCGAGCUGCUGGACAUGGAGCUGGCCUGGAGCAUAUACAACAACGAGCAGUUGGCCGCCAAGCAGGCAGCCGAAUUGGCCGCCAGCAAGAAGCCGCCCAACGACAUCGCCACUCAUCUCACCAAGAUGAAGCUGUGCGAGACGUUCCCCGACAUCCCCACCGACACGGUGCUCGAGAUCUUUGCGGCCACCGGCAGCAACUACGGCCAAACAGUCGAGGUCUUGGACAGCAAUGUUCAGAGCGCGCUGAGCGAGGCGGAACUGUUUGAAAAGGCUCUACGCGAGGGCGAAAAACUUAGUGCGGAAGUGGCGGCGCAGGAAGAGCGAAAGCAGCAGCAGCAAAAGCAGGGACAGCGGUCCAGUUCCAGCUCCUCCACCUCUGCCCGGUCGCCGCUGCUCCACGAGGAGGCCAAGUGCGCCGCUCUGCGCGACUUUGAGGAGACACGAAACAUGGCCGCCCAUCAUUCGCAGCUAAAAGCCGAGUGCUACUUGAAGGCCAAGCAGGCGAUACAGCGCGGCAAUGGCGGCGUGGCGCUGUACUACUCGGAAAUUGCCAAGCUGCAUAAUCAGAAGAUCGACGUUUUUAAUCAGAGGGCGGCCAACUGUAUCAUGGAAGUGCAUCGGCACACGCAGAACAACCCGGAUCUGCUGGACCUGCAUUACCUGCACACGGUGGAGGCAAUCAGCUGCCUGGACCUGUUCCUUGAUCGGCACAUAACCGUGCUGCGCAACUCCACGCGCGUCUACAAGCACGUAUUCAUCAUCACGGGACGUGGACUGCACAGCGCCAAUGGAGUAUCUACUAUUAAGAACAGGGUGAAGUCCCGGUUGGGCGAGCGUCGUUUGCGAUGGCAGGAGGUCAAUCCGGGCUUACUGCGCGUCAAGGUGUUCUCGGCGUCGCGGCACUCGAAGAAUUUCUGAUUGGAGGUGAAUUGCACGGCGGGACUUGCGGGUCAGAACGGAUUUCAAACUGCCAUAUAGGACCAAAGGCAACGGAAAACUACCUCAUCCGUUUUUUGACAAAUAUUGAAGUUGCAUAAUCCCUUCUUUCCAAUCCUGGUCGCUGUAUUACUUUCGAAUGUGUUCUAUUACCUAUGAAACAUUCCCGAUUUUAUUACUCUAUAUUUCUUAAAAUGCUCGUACCAAUUAUUCAUUUUAAGUUUUCAUUAUGCUUCCAAAUUAGAGUUCGUGUAAGACGCGAAUUCGCAACCAACUCUGCAAUGGUGCUCCAGUAUCUUCCAAUGAGAUAUAUGUAUAUUCGCAAAAUACUUAUUUUUAUAUUAUCUUACAACCGAUUAGCGUAAUAAUAUAAGAAUCCUAGCCUUAAGCAAAACUUUGUGCAAAAAUUACCAUUAAAUUCUGUUUGGUAAGCA